GUCAUAACAAUAGUAACGCGCUCUAGUUUCAGUUUAUACGAAAAUUCAAUUAUUUAUAAUUUUAGUCCAGGACCUAGUAUCCCCAAUACGUUCAGAAGUUAACCGUUUUCAGAAUUUCCUACCAGAUAUUAUAAUAAAAUGGCUGGGGAAGUCGUAGUGGACGCUUUACCUUAUAUUGACCAGGGUUACGAUGACCCGGGAGUUAGAGAAGCGGCUCUGGCAAUGGUUGAAGAGGAAUGCCGAAGAUAUAGACCAACAAAGAAUUAUCUUGAAAAUGCUGGCCCAGAGCCAAGCACUGCAUUUGAAACACCAGCACUUCAGAGAGAGAUGGAGAGGGUCCAACAACGUUUGCCUAUGGAGCCUUUAUCCAUGAAGAGAUAUGAGUUACCUCCUCCACCAGCAGGCCGACUUGGUGAACCAGCAGCCUGGGUGGAGGCUGUGGACAAUUCUCAUGCACAGCUCUCACAUCAGGCAACUAGGGUACUGAACUUGGAGUUGCAGUUACAUUACAGUACAGAAGCCUGGCGUUCCUAUUUAAAUGUUCUACAGGCUCUAGUGAUCAGAUCUCAGAAUGUUCAUUCACAGUUACGGAAACAGAUAGCAGCAGUAAAUUGGGAACGUAAGAGAUCCCAGACAGCAAGUGGUGCACGUCUACGGGCCCUGCGCCGGCGAUGGGCACAGCUGGUCUCUGAUAACUACCGUCUAGAGAGGGCUAUAACUCAGCUUGAGAUACAGUUAGAGAAGGCAAAAGGUCAAGCAACAGCAGAUGAAGCUCCUGAAAUGGAUAUGGAAGCAGUCAAAAACUUGCCUGAUAAACUCAAUUCUGAAACAGAGAAAGAAGUACAGAAGAAAAUCGAAGAUAUGUUUGCAGAUUAA